UUUUAGCUUGUAACAAGAGAAAUGAGGAUGUCAUCCUUUGGAUGUGUGGUACUGGUAGCCAUGCUGGUGUGUCACCAAAUGUCAUGUAUUCAUGAGUCUUACAUGGGGUAUUUAGAUCGGUAUGAUGUCAAACCUUUGGAGAAGACAUUUAACGUGACAGACGGCGGCAUCUUUAGUGACUGUUUAUAUCCCUCUGACUGUAAAGCCAUUCAGGACUGUGACAAGGCCAAGAGCGGCGUGUACCGAGUGUUUCCGUUCGGAGUCGGAAACGGGUUCCUUGUGUACUGUGACAUGACGACAGACGGCGGUGGGUGGCUGGUGUUUCAACGACGACAAGAUGGUACUGUGGACUUUUACAGGAAUUGGCAAAGUUAUAAAAACGGUUUCGGCAAUCUGUACGGAGAAUUCUGGUUGGGACUGGAGAAAAUGCAUCUCUUGACAUCGCAGCGUCAUUACAAAUUGCUAAUCAACCUUGAAGCCUUUAAGGGGGAGAGUGGAAAAGCUGCGUACAGCAGAUUUCGUAUAUCGGGGGAGAAAGACAAGUUUCGGCUGAUGGUGGGAGCCUAUUCAGGCACAGCAGGCGAUGCAAUGACCUACCAUGACGGCUACCAAUUCAGCACCCCUGACAGCGACAACGACGGCAAUGUAGGGGUCAUCUGCACCGCCCGUGAUCACGGUGCCUGGUGGUACGACGACUGCCAGAACAGUAACCUGAACGGGGAGUAUGUCCACGCCGGCGGUAUGCCAAGGUCCGCGUAUUCAGGAAUAGCCGGAUAUACGUGGCUAAUGGUGUAUGGAAAUGUGCAGUUCACAGAGAUGAAGAUUAGACCGGUGGGAAGUGCUUGA